UGGCCCACGCACAGCGUCACAUUCCCCGCACACGUUCCGCCAGCGUUUGCAGGAAAUGUAAAUGGUCCGCUGACUUGCUUGAGACGGGUUCUCCGUCUUCUCCUUCAACUGUCGACUUAUUCAAAACCAAGUGACUACUGAAUGUCACACUCAAGUGACGAGCGGACAGCUACAGCAGAGUCUCAGGAGAAUCUAAACGCGGAGGAGGUGUCCUCGCUACCUUCUUCAGACCAGGUUGACCACGAGGAACAUUCCCCGGCUCCUCUUCCCCAGAAUUCUCCAUCCGAGGCUUCUCAUUCUGACUCUGGAUUCAGCAUAUCAUCUGGCUCCUCUGGGGAGGUAAGUUUCUAUUGAUCCAAUGACACGUGUAGUGGAGUGGCGGUCAUAAUCACAAACCCUGUUCUCGUUGUUCUCGAUUAAUAUACAUGUUCUCGAAGAACUGCACGAUCCUGACAUUCGUCUGGAAUGCUUCAGAUAACUGGGACUCCCUUUGAUUUCGGAUCGCAACGCUAUGAAUACCCUUUCCCUCCUACUCAAGGUACAUCAAGCGAUCCAUUUUUACCACUUUCCUCCUCAAUUACAAUCACAUCUCCGUCCAAUUCACUCUGGCCUUUUUGGUCUCCGCAAGUCACAAAAUCUUUCCCCCUCACUGCCCCUCCCCCCAGAAAAGCCAGAACCCAUCCGAAGCUGCGGUCUGUGCGAGAACCACCCGUUCCACCCGGCCUGGUGAACAAACGGAGUGCCUGGAGCCUUAGCCUGCAGCGCCAGGGCUCUGUAGAGAGUCAACAGAGCGACCUUAGCGACCUCAAAACAGGCGGCCGGGGCUCUUGCAAUCUUUUUACCGAAGUAGAUGCCUACCCCGCGUCCGACUCGGAAAUCACUAUGGACACAAGGGAGGGAGUAGCCGAUCAAAAAGGAUUGAUGACAGGUGGCGAUCAUGCACCAGAAGUGCUAGCUGCGGGUGCACCUGGGUCAAACGGUGGCCAUAAACAUCUUGACCUGUGGCGAGGGAAUCCGUCAAAUCGAGGCAAUGUACAAGGCUCAUCUGUCGGCCAGAUUUUGAGGAUAGUCGCCGGUCGACGUAGGUCCUGGAAGAGGACGCAGCUACCAGCACUCGAUGUGAUGAUCUAUCACCACCACCUAUCGUUCCAUACCACAUUCACCAAACCAUUCGGCAUCUCACGAAUUCACGCAUCGUUGUUAGGAGACACGUGCACGCAAUUUUCCACUUUUUCCUACUUACCCUCAUGCAUACCAUUCCCCUGAUGUUAACUUCGGUCCAUCCAUACCAUAUCGAUUACGUCUAUAGGAACAUGGCUUAUCGUCUUGCUUCCCACCAUCUCUUUCGCACUGCACUCUUCAUGUCUUAUCGCAAUAUGUUGUCUUUUACGAUGAGGAUAAUUAGUAUACUGGAUUUCAGCUGAUAGUUUCAUAUGCUGUGACGGCGCUGUAGCUUGCCGCAUGACGUUGCCCUUGUUCGUCGCUUAAAAACCCUGCGCAAUUUGUCCUUUUCCGCAGUUGAGGCUAUUUUUGUACAGCCCUGGGUCGGA